UUUACCGAGCACCCUGAGUAACCUUGGGCUACCACUCCCAUCCGUCCUUACAUCUUCAGUUAUUAUUUAGAAUGAGGCAUUUAACCAUCUCCACACUAGCGUUCUCUGUAGUGCUGGUCAAUGGUACUGGACAGUAUAAGUGUGGAGAGAAGGAGUUUACUGAAACUAGAAACAGUUACGAGAAGUGUGCUAGUCUCAAGAUACGUGAGAUAACUGUAUGGUUAGAACAAAACCCGGAGAACCUACUACUCAGCAGUGUAUGCGGAGCAGUACAGGAUCUACUUCAUACUUGUGGAGAUGAGCUGGGCUGGUGCUUCACAGAGAUUCAGGUUGAAGAAACUAAAUCUUUCCAAAGAGCAGGACUUGAAGAUAUACUUCGUCAACAUUUACCUUCACAUUCAGUAGAGUCCUGUAUACACCAGAAUAUAUCAUACCAUUCAACAAACCAAACAGUUGAUACACGGAGUAAGACCCCAAGGUUUACUACAAUUAGGACGGAUAACUUUGGAGCUGUAGAAACGGAACCCAACCCAGGAGAGGAUUCUGAUGGAUCUGCGAACCUAGAGUUGAACCCUGUAGAUAUUACUGACAGGGCGGAGUUUAGUAGAACAUUUAUUAAAGAUUUUCCAGUGAAUCACGAGUUUCAUCUUGAUCAGGACGAAACCACCAGAUUCUCCGGGUCCUGCCAAACUAGUUCUAGUCUGAUUGCGUUGCUGUCAUUAAAUAUGAUCUUUAUAGUUCUAGAAUAAUUUGAAAUAAAAUAAAAUAAC